UGCGCACUGCAUCUGUUCUAAGGACGGGAGGAGGACAUCACGGUGAAAACGUAGAAACUGCGAAGCAGCGCAAUUUUUUACACGCCGAGAUUUGGUUUCACCGCUGCGGCAAAAUCACCCCCGUGCGCCCGACGCGGCAGAUGACUAUGCAGGGUACAGCGUUAAAGUGCCGGAUGUCUACCUGACAGGCCUGGCCGAGGUCUGGACCGUUACUCGGGAGGAGAAUUUUAUUUCUUCAUAUGGGAGAAGCAUGCGGGAAAUGGUCGGAGGCUGCUGCGUGUGUUCCGACGAGCGAGGCUGGGCUGAGAACCCGCUGGUGUACUGUGAUGGACACGGCUGCAGCGUCGCCGUUCACCAAGCGUGCUACGGCAUUGUCCAGGUUCCCACCGGCCCGUGGUUCUGUAGGAAGUGUGAGUCACAAGAACGAGCAGCACGAGUAAGAUGCGAUCUAUGUCCCCACAAGGAUGGAGCCCUUAAAAGGACAGACAGUGGCGGCUGGGCCCACGUAGUGUGCGCGCUCUACAUCCCUGAGGUGCAGUUUGCCAACGUUCUCACCAUGGAGCCCAUCAUCCUGCAGUAUGUCCCACAUGAGAGAUACCUUAAGACGUGUUACAUCUGUGAGGACCACGGAAGGGAGAGCAAGGCGGCCUGUGGAGCCUGCAUGACCUGCAACAGGCAGGGCUGCAGACAAGCUUUUCACGUUACCUGUGCUCAGAUGGCUGGUCUGCUGUGUGAGGAAGAAGGCCCAGAAGCUGACAACGUUAAAUACUGUGGUUACUGCAAGCAUCACUACAACAAAAUGCAGAAGAAGUUGCGCUCAAGCGAAAAUGCUAGUAGCUCCUUCAGUCAUCCCAGGGGGCGUUCCAGUUCUCCAUCGCAGGAAAAACAUCACCACCAUAAACAGAGGAAGAGUCAUAAAGACAAGAUUCGUCAGAAAGAGCGGCACAAGAAGUCUUCAGACAGCCUGACCUCCUCCAUAACAACAAGCAGUAUAGAAAAGAUAUCUUCAACACAUCAUAGCAGCAAAGAUGGCGAAGGGAAGCCGAAGAAGCUGAGCUCCCACAGUCACGGUCACCGGAGUAAGAAGACGGGGAGCACCGGAAAAAGCUGCUCCUCCUCCUCCUGCUCCUCCAGCCCGUUCAACACCGGCGGAUCCCUGUCAGCCACUCAGGAUUUCCAUCAGUUCUCAUCUUCCUCUCGCUUGGAGCGCGAGCACGAUCGUGGAGGCGACGACCACAACGGAGAGAAACGCAAGGAGCGCCACAGGAGGUCUGCAGUGCAGGAUGAGGAGGAGGAAGAAGAGGAAGAGAAAGAUGACAAAGAUGAAGAAGAGGAAGAAGAGGAGGAGGAAGACUGUAAAUACCAAAAGCCCCCCGCGUUGACCCCGGCUGAUUGCCCCCUCGCAGGGUCUCAAAGCCACGAGCGGACAGAGAGCAACUCGAGCCCCUUCGAGAACAAAGUCACCAUCUCCACCUUUGGCUCCAUCAUGCGCAUCACUUCCUCUUCAGGGUUGGGCAGCACCUGCAAAAUCCGCAAAAUUUCCUCCUCGAGCGACUACAAGCCCUCCAAAUCCCUCACAAAGCCGUCUCAGGUCAGCGCACCUCCCGUCCUGGAGGACGCCAGCAUGAAGGACAAGAUCGCGCCCCCGCCGCUGCCCCGAGAACGGAGGCACCAUAGCAACAAGAAGAGCCGCCACGGCCCGGGACGCCCGCGUGGGAGCAAGAACCGAGAGCGGAGGGAUGAGGACCAUCACCACCACCAUGGAGACGCACCAGCACCACCCCCCCCAGCCUUGAGUUCCUCUCUCUACCAGAGUCCAUCAUCAUCGUCCCACCCUGCUUUCCCUUCCACGCUGCCUCCCACCUCCUCUACAACCUCUUCUUCCUCCUCUGCUAGGAGUUUUUCUGCAGGUCGCAGCAACUCUUUGCUCGGCUCCGGUAUCUACUCCAGUCUCAAGGAUCCUCUCACGCUUGGUGGCGGAGUCUGCAGCACGCCUCUCUCCCUCAGUGGAGGAGUGUGCAGCACCUCCUUGUCCCUAGGAGGAGCAAUGUGUAGCACUCCUCUCUCCUCAGGACUGCUUUCAUCUCACGGCUCCUCACUCUCUCUUCCUUCUGUCAGUGCUGUUUCAAACACGCAGGUCCAUUCCAGCUCCAGCGCCUCCUACAGUCUGAACUCCUCUCAGCCUUUCGCCAGCUGUCUCUCCACAGCCUCAACACUGCCGCCACUACUGAGCCAAGGCCAGACCUCAUUGCCAGAGUCCGACAUUGAUGACUGCCGCUUCCACUGUCAGGGAAACUCGCCGAGAGAGAGUCUUUCCUCACAGUCUCCCAUGAGCUGUCUUCCUCUCCUGUUUGACCAGAGAGACGGACUGGGCUCUGGAGUCAGAGCCCGUCCUGAGAACGUUCCCCCUGCAAGCUCCCACAUUGAGCUGCUGUUGGAGAAACAUGGAAACGGAGAGAUGGGGGUCAACAUUGUGGAGAUGUUGAAGUCGCUGCACUCGCUGCAGCAGGAGAACCAGCGCCUCCAGGACCAGAUCCUCAGCUUAACAGCAAAGAGGGAGCGGCUGCAGCUGCUCAACACUGAGCUGGCGGUGCCUUUCCAGCCCCACAUCCACACCAUACCGGGCCUGCACUCAUCCUCUCAGAUCAGCUUUCUGUCAUCUUCUCAAGACCCCCUGAGCACCAAUAAGAGUCCCCUCUCCAAAAGCUGCUUCCUGAAUGACACCUCCUUUGUUACCUCAUCUGAGGAGCUCCACUCUAAUAGUCCGUCCCGCAGCAGUUCGUCGCUCUCCUUCCAGGGUACCCCCCCUCCUCAACAGAGUCCCGCCUCCUUCGGCCAGCCCCUGCUGAACGGUUUGAACCGAGGGCCCAGCGACGCUUUGGGGAGCAUCAGUCAGUCCUCUGCUCUGCCAGUGGGUGGGCUCAUUGCGUCCAUCACAGGGAGCCCGCAGCUGAACAUGAACGGUGUCCUGGGCGGUCUGAACGGCGUGAUCCAGUCUCCGGUGCAGAGUGCUCAGCAGCCGUCGCUCCCCGCCCUGCGUCCCCAGCCGCCUCCGCUCAACCCCCAGGCGCUGGCCCAGGGGUUUCAACUUCCUAAGAACUUGAGCCCGUCUUCUUUUCUGUCUGAGCAGCAGAAGCAGCUUCUGUUCGAGCAGCAGCAGCAGCUCCAGCAGUUCCUAACCUCACAGAACUUCACACCGGAGCAGCAGGCGAUGGUGUGCCAGAUGCUGCAGCAGCAGAGACAGAGGGAGCUGCAGCGCCUCACGCUGACGGGAGCGCUCAACUCAACCCCUAACUCGCCCUUGAUCUCCCAGUCGCCCAACCUGUUGUCAUCGGCAACCGCGUCUCCCCUACAGGGGAGCCAAGCGGGGGGUCUCUUUGGUCUGCAGGACAAUGUGCUCCAUAAACCUGGGACAGCAGGAGAGAAGGCAGGAGACAAGAACGGCUGAAGUGUUUUUUCCCCGUUGCUUCCUGUCCAGUUCGGAUGACGACGUCCCGUCAGAAUCGCCGGUUUCUGUGAAGUUCUGGGCUCUCAAGUCUCUCCUUCCUCUGUCGUCUUCAUCUGACAAACUUCUAUGAAUGUAAAACGUGACAUUAAGGUGAAGUUUUUUUGUGUUUUGAAGCUCUUCAUAUUAGAGGUCCAUCUUAAGGUUUUUAUCUUUGUCAUUUAGGCAGCUUUCAGAGAGCAUGACUACAGUGGUCUCUUCUUUAAAUUGCACUAUUUUGUUAGCUUGACCAAUGGGGGCUGCUUAUGAAGCUCACUGCUGCAGGAGCCGGGUGGGCUUUUUUAUUUUGACGUUUGAUAUGAAGGUCAAGAGUUUGGCUCUGACUACUCGAGCACUGACAUCUCCCUCUGCCGCGCAAACCAGCACUUCCAGUCAGUCCGUGAGGAAGCACUUCCGGCAACCUCCCGCUGUCUUCCUCGAUAUAUUUCGUCUUCCCGUUUGCGUUCACCCUGUUUCGUCCUCAUCCUUUGAACAUUUCGGCCUCGCGCUGGCACUUAAGUAUAAGAUGUAGUCAAGUUGGUGUGUUGUUAGUGGCGUUUCCUCAUGAAGCUAGUUAUUACCUCAAACUUUCUGCCAGCUGUACUCCGUUGUUUAUUUUGUGCAGAGUCAUUACCGUAGCAGCCUUCAGUGGAUAGGAAUGACCAACUAAAAAAAAAACAACAAAAAAAACGUGGCACUCACUCGAUUUUAACUUUGAAAAAUAAAAAGCAGCAUGCCGUCAACAGUGAGGGGCGUCUGCUUUUUCGUUCCAUCCCACGAUGAGAGUUCCUUCCGUCUUUUAUAUCCUUCCAGUUGCUGUCGAGAUUAAACAGACGAAACCAAAUUAUUUGGGAAGGUAAUCAUUGGUUUUCCUGAACGAGUGUGCAUGUUUAGUCAUCCACAGACUCCCUUCUGAAGGAUGCUCAGUGGGCCACCACGAACUGAAGAGGUUUAUGACUUGUGAGUAUUUUUGCACUCUUGUCCUGAAGUUCUUUGUUACCUUCACACAUGGAUAACUCUUAACUAGCUCUUCUUUUAGCAAUACUGGAUAGAUAAUGCCUUAAUAAAUGGGGUAGAUUUACAGGGAGAGCCCGCAGCCCUCAGGCUCACUCUGUCCUCUUUGUCUUUGAUAGGUUUUGUUUUUAACUCGGGCACAUGGAGGCUUUUAUUGUUUGUUUUUAAAUGAACUUCUUAAACUCAUUUAUACUUUUGAUAGCUGACUGAAGAUUUCAACAGUGAAAACUUGUGAAUAACCGUAUGGUCAAGUGUCAAAUCAUUUUCUAUUGUGACUUUUGUGUUCACACGCAGAGCUCUUUAGUUUAUUGUUGUGCUUCAGAAGACUGAGAAACGAUAAUUUGUAGCACAUGUUGCAGUCAUAGGAAAGAGUUGAACUCUUGAUAUAGCAGUGUUUGAUGCGUAAUGUGACUGUUAUCGGCACUGAGACGACAGCGAAACCCCGUCGUAGAGGCUGACCUUCCUCCACUCUGAUUCUUCGACCGUAGCCCGUAGGACUUGGUUUUAUCUACACAUCGAUUUUCUCUAAUUUACAUCUCUCACUUGAGUUUCUGAGCCGUUUACUUUCCGUUUGCAAGUCUCCCAAACUGUCGGUGAUAGGUUUGUUUCAGAUUCAAGCAUCUCCCUAGUUUGUGAGACAGUGCCUUGUAAAAAAAUAUUCAUUCCUCUUGAACUUUUAUCAGAUUGUCUGAAGCUACCAGAAACUUCUUAAUCAGAUUUUUUUUUUUGACAGAGCAACACAAAAGAAGUGUGUCAGUGUAAAUAGAAGAUAAAUAAGAAAUUAUUUCAUUCAUAAAGUUAUUUUGUAUGAACCUGAAAACAGAAACUGGGAUUAAAUUACACACAUCUGAACUGUUUACUUAGUAGGUGACUUUUGAAGUCAGUUUCAUUGGAUUUAAUUUGGCAUGUUAGAGUAGUUGGGAUUGAAAGCAAUUCAAUGACACAUUUUUCAGUUUCUGUAAAACCACCUGACUAUUACGUGCCCCUUUGUGUUGGCCAGUACCAUAAAAAUCAGAAGAAAAUGCAUUGAAGUUUGUGGUUGAAAGAAGUUUAAGGAUCUGAAUUCUUUUGCCAGGCAUGUGUACUUGUAGCAGUGACAGAAGGUGAAUGUUGGUUAUGUUUUAUUAGUGUGACUGCAAGAUGGAGGUUUGUCGUCAUUAUGAUUUUCCUCUCAGCCAAGAAAAAGUUCAGACUCAAAGAGUGGAGCAAAGGUUUGCUGAAGCGGUUUCUUUGUCAUGUUGCACUGGGGCCCUGCGAGCCCAAAUGUAAAUGGUUUUUAUGACUUUUUUUUUAUUUUUAUUAUUAUUAUUAUUAUUUUAAUAAUAACUUGUAAACUUUAAUAUGUUUGUAUAAAGACACAUUCAUUCCUUUGAGGUUUGGGUAACAGACAUAUUCCAUGUUAUGAAUGUCGUACUGUGUAUCUUUUAUGUAUUGCAACAUUUAAGCACCUGGCUCUAAAGGAGACGUCAGCUAGUAGGAUAUGGAUUGCAUGAAAUGCAGUGAUGUCUCUCAAAUGUAUAGCUAAAUACCAAGUUAUAACUAUGCAUCAUUUAAAAUGCAUUGUUCCCAUGAAUUAAUUAAAAAAAAAAAGAUAGAUGAAAUGAGCACUGAAUUAUAAGAAGGAAAGCACGUUGUUGUCGUUGUACAGUGAAUUUGUUUGACAGAACUGAUCAAAACAAAUUGACAAUAUUCAGAUUUCAAAGCCCUGUAAAGUAUUUUGAUAUUUUUGUGUGCAAGAUUAAAAAGACAACUUUUUUUGUCAAUAAAUGUAUUUUACUGAGUUGUUUCA